CUGCUCAUCAUAGUUCGCCCUUCGUCCGCUCAUUGGCUGGAAAUAUCUUUUAAGUUAGUCAGCUUAUGUGAUUAAUGUUGGACUCGUUGGACUUUGAUAGUUGUUGUAUGGUGGAUUUUAUAGCUUAGCAACUGGGUAUCUGCCCCUGCAGCCCUCAUGUCCAGUGCGUGCAUACUGCUGACAGCUGACAGCUUUCUUCAGAUCGCACCUACCUGAGACUUUGAGAGCUAUUGCACCCGCCGAUAUAACUGCUGUUUGUGUACUAGCCUUUUAUUUUCGGGCAUAGUCUUACAGUAGUGUAGUGUUUGUGGAUCAUGUGAUGCGAUUAAGGAUGCUGCUCCCAUCUCGACGAAGAUUACCUCGAAGGUUUGUAUAGCCAAUAACUUGCUGAAUUCCAAAAGUAAAAAUGGCUCACUCUGGUUUUGGAUUAAUGUUGUGGCGAAUGUUGCUUGUGCUUUCCUUUUUCUACUGGUUGCUCCUUCUUGGUUCAGCAAAAGUUGCUCUUGCAAUAUGUGUCUUCCUAUUUAUUCUUGUGCCACUGAUGUUCCGCUACAGUUAUACACUUCAAAGGAGUAUGCUUUUUCUCAAUUUUGUGAGGUGGCCAAGGAAUUUCAAUUACAGUGCACCAGAAAAAGCAGGACUGGUAGGUGUGAGGAACUUUUACUUGACCACGGAUGAGGGUGUUAAGCUUGGUGUUUGGCACAUUCUUCCAGCUUCCCUCAUAAAUGAAUCCAAGAGUGAACACAGUGAAGACUGGUUCAACACUCAACUAAAGGAUGAACGACCUGUAUUUCUGUAUAUGCAUGGGAAUUCUGGAUCACGGGCAGCUGCUCACCGUGUUGAGCUCUACAAGGUGCUGCAAAAUUUAGACUACCAUGUUGUUGCGUUUGAUUAUCGCAGCUAUGGGGAUUCUAGUCCUGUUGAACCAUCAGAAAGAGGUCUUGUUUCUGAUGGAGUUUUUAUGUUUAAGUGGGUUGAGAAGCAUAUUAAUGGCAGUCCCUUAUUUGUCUGGGGCCAUUCCCUGGGAACUGGUGUGUCUUCCCAUGCUCUAUCACUGCUUUCUGCCGAAGGAAAAGAAAGCCAUGGACUUGUUCUGGAAUCACCAUUUAACAAUAUACGAGACGAACUGAGGGCUCACCCACUUGCUCAGAUUUUUAAAAUCUUGCCAUGGUUUGAGUCCUGUUUUGUCUGGCCUUUGUACAACAAUGGACUAAAAUUUGACUCAGACCAACAUGUUAGCAAGAUACUUGCACCAGUUGCCAUUUUGCAUGCUGAGGAUGACCGCAUAGUUCCAUUUUAUCUAGGAGAAAGGCUCUUCUUUACCAUGCAAAAGAAACGAAGCAAGGAGGCUCUUGGAGAAGUAUUCUUGAAAUUUGAUGGGAAACUGGGAUAUGGACAUAAAUUUAUCUACAAGGACCUUGCUCUUCCUAAUUUGAUCAAGGACUUUGUGCAGAAUGGCACUCAAAAAUUUAACAGAUUAAUGCACAAGUAAAUUGUGGCACUGGAUCUGUGCGACACAUUCCAAAGUUGCAAGUAUUACCCUGUUUUAUGAAUUUGACUCUUACAUCUGGUGAACAUUUGAUGUAUUGUUCAUAGUCAACGAAGGCUUUUUACCAAUAUUUAUUAGAGAUAGGUUUGCAGUUGAUACUUGUAAUCCAUUAGUUAUAUGUAGUAUCAAAUACUACUCAUAUCACUUUUGUGAGCAAGUAGUUAAAGUUUUCUGUGAUUUCUGAGAUUUCUUUGUAUUAUUAGGCUUUGUUUUGUAUCAUGUACUUUAAAUAUUUUCAACUUUUGUUUUGAGAGAACCAUCAAUGGUAAUAAAACUUUGCUACACUUCAAAAGGCUAGGAGUGCGGCUGAAUUUUCUAUACAUUUUUUA